AUGUCAGGCAAUGCUGAAUUUCUAUCGAAUUGGCGCACAACACGAGGCAUCCAGGUGGGCGACGAUUCCGAAGGAAUAGCCAGCAAGGUCAAAAGCGUGUUCAGCGCGUUUACGGACAGAGUGCAAGAGGGAUAUAAUUCAGCAUACAGCGCCCUUCCGUUGCAUAAUCAGGAUCUUGAUGCACAGCAGGAGCCUUCUUGGUUUAAGCUUUCGAGAUUCGAGCGCUUGGUGUGCUUUUUCUGUUUUAUAGCGGGCUCGAUAGUGUGUUUUGGUUUGGGAAUAUUGCUAUUCCCUGUUUUAACAUUAAAGCCUCGCAAAUUCGCCAUGUUGUGGACUCUGGGCUCGAUCCUGUUUGUGCUAAGCUUUGGGUGUUUGCAAGGACCCGUGGAUUAUUGCAAACAUCUCGUAUCCAAGGAAAGACUGCCAUUUACAGUGGUGUUUUUUGGCAGUGUGUUGAGCACGUUGUACUGUGCAGCGGUCUUGAAGUCGACAAUUCUCACUCUCAUCACGGGAAUCAUUGAGAUUUUUGCUGUUCUCUACUACACACUGAGCUACUUCCCGUUCGGGGCACAAGGAUUCCAAAUGGUGGCCACAAUGGGACUUCGACAGUUCAGUAGUCCUCCUGUAUCUUCUGCAAAAUCAUCAAAGGUAGGUAGUAUAGGCCUGGCCAAUGGCUGGUAUACGAGCUCUAACCAUGUAGGUGAGAUCCCAUCGUUUAAACUCCUCGAGACCAAAUACUCCUACUCAUUUUUGGACAUCCAACCAACUUCCAAAGGCCACUUAUUGGUAAUUCCAAAGUACCAUGGAGCCAUGCUGCACAACAUUCCAGACGAGUACCUCGCUGACAUCCUGCCAGUGACCAAAAAGUUGGUCAAAGCUCUUGGCCUGGAAGUCACCACUCCUAACGAGGAUGGCUACAAUGUUUUGCAGAACAAUGGCCGGAUUGCUCACCAAGUGGUCGACCAUGUCCACUUUCACCUGAUCCCAAAGCGGGACCCAGAGACGGGACUAGUUAUCGGCUGGCCAGCGAAAAAUGCAGACAUGGGCGAGCUUUCCGAGUUUGCAAAGGAGCUCACGGCAAAGCUAGUCUGA